AUGCCCGUCUACCACAACACCCUCUUCAUCGAAGGCUUAAGCCUAAUGCCUCGCCACACCGACGACGUUCUCAAAACCUCAAACCCAAGCCCCGACACAACUCUCAAGAUCGUCGCAGCAGUGUGGGCAGUUGGAUGGAUCAUGUUUGGCGUGAUCAGCGUGGUUGGUCUCAAUGCGCGUGGAAGAGCUGGUUAUUGGGUGCCGGAGUGGUAUCUUGACUCUGAAGGGACGAAAUGGGCCAAGUUGAGCGUUGCGGCUUGGUGGACUUGCGUGGUAUUGUUUUGGCCGGUGAUUUGGAUCGUUUACCUUGUGGGAAUUACGUGGAGAGCUAUUCAAAGGGGGUAUGGGAAUUGGAAGAAGAGAAAGAGGGACUGUGAUGGUGGUGAUGAUGUUUGA